AUGGGCAGACAUUUAGUCCUGCUAAAACCCUUGGCAGGUCUGACACUGACUUGUAAGGUCCAUGAGGCUACCAAAGACUUCCAGAUACAUAAUGGGAUGUUCCAGGAGCUUGCCCAUGUUGCUAUACCUUCUGUGUCAUACCAUUUCUCACUGGGAGCAGUUACAAUUGAUUCCUUGCCCAGGCCCUGGAGUUUGCCCUAUCCUGUGCCCUGGAUCUUACCUGGCCUGAUCACAUCCGUGCUGUGCCAGGGGAGAGUGAAUGGAGUAACCUUCCUGCUGAGGCGGGAAGGAGAUGAUGACUUCCUAGAGGUAGCUGAAACUACCACUGUUUUGGGGGAUGUAACUCAGGCAAGAUACCGGGAACAAGUCAUGUUUCGAGUCUAUCAGCCGGGCAACUACAGCUGCAGCUAUCAAACUCAGGGAGAAUGUACCUCCUCUAAGCCCAGUAGGAUUGUGACCAUCAAGAAGUUUGCCAAACCACCUCCACCCCUGCUGACUUCCUCAGAAAGUUCCACAGAGGAGCCACCCCACAUGGCCCGUAUGACCCUUCUCUGUUCCACUUUUCUGAAUGACGUUGAAUUUCAGCUGAGGCAGGGAAAGCGUGAGAUGAAGGUCCUUAUGGUCAGCACCAGCCCAGAGCAAGUCAACUUCUAUCUGAAAUUGUCAGACAUGGGUGACCAGAGCCCCUUCACCUGCCGCUACCGUCUAAGCAACAUGACAGCUUGGUCGGAAGACAGUGAGCCCGUAGAGCUAUUGUGGAGCGACGAAAGACUACCAGCACCAGUGUUGACUGCAGAGCCAUCGACGAAUCAGAGCUUUGAGCCGGGUUCGACAGUGAAGUUUCGAUGUACCGCACCCAAGGCUGGCCUACGCUUUGAGUCUGGCCUGCGCUUUGGCCUGCAUACCGAAGACUUGUAUGAGCGCAGCCUGAUCCAGAUACUGAAGUCUUCUGGUCAUGAAACUGUCUUCCAGCUGCAAAACCUCUCAGCCACAGAUUCUGCCAGCUACAGCUGCAUCUAUACUGAACUGAAACCACCCUUCUCGGGAUCUGCUCCCAGCAACCUUGUGCCUCUGAUGGUGGACGGCAAGGCAUGGGACUCUGGUAUGUUUCCCAGAGUCAAAACUGGCCGUGGUCAGAGUGAUAUACCUGGGGUUAUCAUGGAGCUGCUGCAUGAUGGCAAAUUUGUGCCCCACAGGAUCCUACGAGUACUGAACUCCUAUAGUAAACUGGAGCUGCAUUUUGUGGGUCCCGAACAUACAGGGAACUAUACCUGCCAUUAUACCUCCUGGUAG